GGAGGAGGAGCUCGGUAAGAAAGACGCUGCGGUCAGACAGCCGCGGAGAAGAAGACGACGACGUGACCGAGGCGCGUACCUACAGCAGAGAUGGGGGGUCAGGUGUCAACCGAGGGUGUCCACGUGGUGGUGGUGGGCGGAGGAUUUGGUGGAAUCGCUGCAGCUCAAGACCUGAAGUAUCGAGGAUUCAGCUUCACUCUGAUCGACAUGAGAGACGCUUUCCAUCACAACCUGGGCGCUCUGCGAGCCGCCGUACAGCCAGGCUUUGCUCAGAAGACCUUCAUCCCGUACGCCGAGACGUUUGGCGAGAGCUUCGUUCAGGGUCUGGUGGAGCUCGUCGACACAGACAGGCAGCUGGUGAUCCUGGAGGGAGGGAGGGAGAUCCAGUACUCCCACCUCAUCCUGUGCACUGGCACCGACGGGCCGUUCCCCGGGAAGUUCAACACGGUGGCGUCGCAUAAGGAGGCGGUCCAGAAGUACGAGGACUUCAUCAGAGAGGUUCAGGCUGCUGACUCGGUGUUGGUGGUCGGCGGAGGAUCGACCGGUGUGGAGAUGGCUGCAGAGAUAAAGACAGAGUAUCCUGAUAAGAAGGUGGUUCUGAUCCACUCCAAACUCGGGCUGGCUGACCCGGAGCUGCUGCCCAGCAUCAGGCGCGAGGCCAAUCAGGUUCUCUUGGAGAAGGGGGUGGAGCUUGUGUUGGGACAGAAAGUGAGCAACUUGUCGGAGCUGCCGCUGAACACGAUGACGAAGAACACGGAGGUGAUCACGGACCACGGCGAAACGCUGGUCACGGAUCUGAUCAUCUGCUGCACCGGGCUCAAGAUCAACUCUGCAGCCUACAGCGCCACCUUCAAUGACAGUAUGGCUGAAAACGGGGCCUUGAAGGUCAACGACCACUUGCAGGUCGACGGUUUCUCCAACAUCUUCGCCGUGGGUGACUGCACCAAUGUCAACGAGCCCAAGACGGCGUACAACGCCGGCUUCCACGCCGCUGUCGCCGUGGCCAACAUUGCCAACAGUGUGAGCGGGAAGGAGCUGACUUCCUAUCAAACAGGUAACGUCACCAUGCUGCUGGCGAUGGGCCAUGACGACGGCGUGGGUCAAUACAACGGCUUCAGGCUGCCCCGCUGGUUCGUCGCCUGGGGAAAAAGUCGAGAUGUCCUGGUGUGGAAGAGCUGGAAGGAGAUGAAGCAGAAACAGCCCUGAGACUCUAACUCACGCGCAUGCACGCACGCACACGCGUGUGCGCAUGCACGCACACAUGCCAAUCAUUUAUAACUGGGAAGUGCAUUUUCUAAAGAAACUGCAGUGUGAAUGCUUGAAUCUGAAUGUAUGCACUGAAAUGAAUUAAUUGCUGAAUUUUAAGUUAAAAAAUUUGAAUGAGAAAAAAAACCGAGUUUAAUCUGAAAACAAAAGUGCUGAAGUGCUAAAAGCUGACAUCCACACAGAAGUUGGAAAAUAGCUGAAAAUGUUUUAACUGUAAAUUAGAAAAACCUAAGAAAUGAGAAAAUAAAAUUUAAAGUCAGAAAACA